UUUUCUCAAAAAAUUUUUCGGAGGAAUAAUCUGUGUCAAAUAUACAAAGAACCGUGUUAUUUAACAAAUUUAAACAACAAAAUGAGUAAAACCGAAAGUGUAGCAGUCGCCUUUUCUCCUGAAGACAAUAAAACUCAAAUAAUCCUUCCUCUUAAUGCUGCCAUAAAAAUCUUUACAUAUUUAACGCGAGACGAAAUCGAAAUUUGCAAACAAGUCUGCAGUGGCUGGAAACAACUUGUCGAGUUUGCUGAUAAACAACUGCCUAAAAGACCGAUUGAUGCUGUUGUUCUAAGUUCAAAUCAUGAAUAUACAAUCUCAAUUUACUAUAAAGACGUCAGACGUGUCUAUUGUUUUCGAAAAUAUUUUUAUGACAGAGAUAUUGAUGAAAUUGAACUUAAAAGAGUUACUAAACUGCCGCAGUUAUUCGAUGAACACAACUACAGGUUUCCUUGUGGAGAAUCUUUUCCUUGUGUUUAUGAUCAUUUUAACUUUGGACUGUUCGAUCAUAUGCACGAUUUGGAGUGUAGAAAAAGGAUAAAUUUCAUGAUGUACCAUCGCAGAAAUAAUUAUUCUCGAAAAUUGUUUACUCCUCCUCUUGGCUUUUACGAGCGUCUCAAAGCAAUGUUACACAAUGGAUAUGUCAAACGACUUGUUUUUCAAUCAUUUACUUUUACCGAUUUAUUCGUUGAAAAAUUUUUUGAAUAUGUAAAAGGGCCUUUUAAACAUUUGGAUGUUGUCUAUCUUCACUGUAAUUUUUUCGAUUUUUUAAUAGUAAAGAGGGGAUCAUCCCGUCAACACCCAAAUGGUCACUCUCUAUGA